GGCGCAGGGUAGACGGGGCCGCGGCCCGCACCCCCACCCGGGCGGCCGAGAGGCGGGGAGCGGCUGGUCCGGGGCGGCCGCGGCUCCAUGGGGCUCCUGGGGCUCCUGAGCCUGCUGCACUCGGCCUUCUUCGGGGACCAGACACUGCAGGAGCUGAAGAUGACGAGCUCCGUGGCGCCCUACGAGCAGCUGGUGCGGCAGGUGGAGGCCUUGAAGGCUGAGAACAGCCACCUGAGGCAGGAGCUCCGGGACAACUCCAGCCACCUGUCCAAGCUGCAGACAGAGACGUCGGGCAUGAAGGAGGUCUUGAAGCAUCUACAGGGGAAGCUGGAGCAGGAGGCCCGAGUGCUGGUGUCCUCGGGACAGACGGAGGUGCUAGAGCAGCUGAAGGCCCUGCAGAUGGACAUUACCAGCCUGUACAACCUCAAAUUCCAGCCGCCUGCCCUGGGCCCGGAGCCUGCCGCCCGGACCCCCGAGGGCAGCCCGGUACAUGGCUCCGGGCCCUCUAAGGACAGCUUUGGGGAGCUGAGCCGGGCCACCAUCCGGCUGCUGGAAGAACUGGACCGGGAACGGUGUUUCCUGCUGAAUGAGAUUGAGAAGGAGGAGAAGGAGAAGCUCUGGUACUACUGUCAGCUGCAGGGCCUGUCCAAGCGCCUGGACGAGCUGCCGCACGUGGAGACGCAGUUCUCGAUGCAGAUGGACCUGAUUCGGCAGCAGCUGGAGUUCGAGGCCCAACACAUCCGCUCGCUGAUGGAGGAGCGCUUUGGCACCUCGGACGAGAUGGUGCAACGGGCGCAGAUCCGCGCCUCGCGCCUGGAGCAGAUUGACAAGGAGCUGCUGGAGGCACAGGACCGAGUGCAGCAGACGGAGCCCCAGGCCUUGCUGGCAGUGAAGUCGGUGGCGGUGGACGAGGACCCCGAGACAGAGGUCCCCACACACCCAGAGGAUGGCACCCCUCAACCAGGCAACAGCAAGGUGGAGGUGGUCUUCUGGCUGUUGUCCAUGUUGGCGACGCGCGACCAGGAGGAUACGGCGCGCACGCUGCUGGCCAUGUCCAGCUCGCCGGAGAGUUGCGUGGCCAUGCGCCGCUCGGGCUGCCUGCCGCUGCUGCUGCAAAUCCUCCACGGUACCGGCACCGAGGCCGGGGGUCGCGCCGGGGCUCCAGGGGCGCCGGGCGCCAAGGACGCACGCAUGCGUGCCAACGCGGCGCUGCACAACAUCGUCUUCUCGCAGCCGGACCAGGGCCUGGCGCGCAAGGAGAUGCGCGUCCUGCACGUGCUGGAGCAGAUCCGCGCCUACUGCGAGACGUGCUGGGACUGGCUGCAGGCCCGGGAGGGCGGGCCCGAGGGAGGCGGAGGCGGCGCCAGUGGCGCCCCGGUCCCCAUCGAGCCGCAGAUCUGCCAGGCCACCUGUGCGGUGAUGAAGCUGUCCUUUGACGAGGAAUACCGCCGUGCCAUGAACGAGUUAGGCGGGCUGCAGGCCGUGGCCGAGCUGCUGCAGGUUGACUACGAGAUGCACAAGAUGACCCGGGACCCACUGAACCUGGCGCUGCGCCGCUACGCGGGCAUGACCCUCACCAACCUCACCUUCGGGGACGUGGCCAACAAGGUGCCUGGGGCAGCGGGUGGAUGGGGCUGGCUCGCUCCUCCUCCAGGCUUGCAGGGUCUCUCAUGCAAAUCGUUAGGAUACACUCAUACCAAAAAUCAGUCUUUCCGAAAUCCAAACCUAACAAGUCAUGUUCACUUUUACCUGGCACAUCCGGCCUCCCCACCCCCGGGUGGGCAGGGGGUGGCCCAGACUGACGCGCCCUGUGCCCGCAGGCAGGUGCUCCGGGAUCACAACUGUCUACAGACGCUGCUGCAGCACCUGACCUCACACAGCCUGACCAUUGUGAGCAAUGCGUGCGGCACGCUCUGGAACCUGUCGGCCCGCAGCGCGCGCGACCAGGAGCUGCUGUGGGACCUGGGCGCCGUGGGCAUGCUGCGGAACCUGGUGCACUCCAAACACAAGAUGAUCGCCAUGGGCAGCGCCGCCGCCCUACGCAACCUGCUGGCCCACCGGCCCGCCAAGCACCAGGCGGCCGCCACCGCCGUGUCCCCGGGCAGCUGCGUGCCCAGCCUGUACGUGCGCAAGCAGCGGGCGCUGGAGGCCGAGCUGGACGCGCGGCACCUGGCACAGGCGCUGGAGCACCUGGAGAAGCAGGGCCUGCCCGCCGCUGACGCUGCUGCUAAGAAGCCGCUGCCACCCUUGCGGCACCUGGACGGCCUGGCUCAAGACUACGCUUCCGACUCAGGCUGCUUCGAUGACGACGAUGCACCAUCAUCCCUAGCUGCGGCUGCGGCCACUGGGGAGCCGGCCAGCCCCGCAGCCCUGUCACUCUUCCUAGGCAGCCCCUUCCUGCAGGGGCAGGCGCUGGCCCGCACCCCGCCCACGCGCCGCGGUGGCAUGGAGGCGGAGAAGGAGGCCAGUGGGGAGGCGGCCGUGGCGGCCAAGGCCAAGGCCAAGCUGGCGCUUGCAGUGGCGCGCAUCGACCGGCUGGUAGAGGACAUCUCCGCCCUGCACACCUCCUCCGACGACAGCUUCAGCCUCAGCUCUGGGGACCCCGGGCAGGAGGCGCCACGGGAGGGCCGUGCCCAGUCCUGCUCGCCAUGCCGCGGUCCCGAGGGCGGGCGGCGGGAUGCAGGCAACCGGGGACACCCAUUGCUACGGCUCAAGGCGGCGCACGCCAGCCUCUCCAACGACAGUCUCAACAGCGGCAGUGCCAGCGACGGGUACUGCCCACGCGAGCACAUGCAGCCCUGCCCGCUGGCCGCACUGGCUUUGCGCCGCGAGGACCCCAGGUGUGGGCAGCCUCGGCCUAGCCGUCUUGACCUUGACCUGCCAGGCAGUCAGGCCGAGGCCCCCGCCAGGGAGGCCACAUCCGGCGAUGCCCGUGUGCGCACCAUCAAGCUGUCGCCCACCUACCAGCACGUGCCGCUGCUCGAGGGUGCCACAAGGGCGGGUGCAGAGCCCCUCGCGGGGACUGGGACCCUUCCAGGGGCCCGAAAGCAGGCCUGGCUGCCGGCAGACCCUCUGAGCAAGGUUCCCGAGAAGCUCGCGGCGGCCCCACUGUCCGCUGCCAGUAAGGCACUGCAGAAGCUGGUGGCGCAGGAGGCACCGCUCUCGCUGUCGCGAUGCAGCUCCCUCUCCUCGCUGUCCUCGGCAGGCCGCCCAGGCCCCAGUGAGGGCGGUGACCUGGAUGACAGUGACUCCUCCCUGGAGGGACUGGAGGAGGCAGGCCCCGGGGAGGCUGAGCUGGACAGCGCGUGGACAGCGCCCGGGGCCGCCUCCCUGCCAGUAGCCAUCCCGGCUCCCCGGCGCAACCGAGGCCGGGGCCUGGGGGUGGAGGACGCCACGCCGUCCAGCUCGUCAGAGAACUACGUGCAGGAGACGCCACUGGUGCUGAGCCGCUGCAGCUCUGUGAGCUCGCUGGGCAGCUUCGAGAGCCCGUCCAUCGCCAGCUCCAUCCCCAGUGAUCCCUGCAGCGGGCAGGGCAGCGGCACCAUCAGCCCUAGCGAGCUGCCCGACAGCCCUGGGCAGACCAUGCCGCCCAGCCGGAGCAAGACGCCGCCGCUGGCGCCCGCGCCAGCAGGUCCUCCCGAGGCCAGCCAGUUCAGCCUGCAGUGGGAGAGCUACGUGAAGCGCUUCCUCGACAUCGCGGACUGCCGCGAACGCUGCCGGCUCCCGUCGGAGCUGGACGCGGGCAGCGUGCGCUUCACCGUGGAGAAGCCGGAUGAGAACUUCUCAUGCGCCUCCAGCCUCAGCGCACUGGCCCUGCACGAGCACUAUGUCCAGCAGGACGUGGAGCUGCGGCUGCUGCCCUCGGCCUGCCCAGAACGCGGCGGGGGUGCGGGGGGCGCCGGCCUCCACUUCGCGGGGCACCGCCGGCGAGAGGAGGGGCCGGCGCCCACAGGCUCUCGACCCCGCGGGGCCGCAGACCAGGAGCUGGAACUGCUGCGGGAGUGCCUGGGGGCCGCCGUGCCUGCCCGGCUGCGCAAGGUGGCCUCGGCGCUGGUGCCAGGUCGCCGCGCGCUGCCCGUGCCCGUCUACAUGUUGGUGCCCGCUCCGGCCCCGGCCCGGGCCCAGGAGGACGACUCCUGCACUGACUCCGCGGAGGGCACGCCGGUCAACUUCUCCAGCGCCGCCUCCCUCAGCGACGAAACGCUGCAGGGACCCCCCAAAGACCAGCCUGGGGGACCAGCGGGCAAGCAGAGACCCACCGGCCGCCCCACAUCGGCCAAGCAGCCUGGGGGGCACCGGCACAAGGCGGGAGGCGCCGGCCGCAGCGCAGAGCAGGCCCACCAGGGUGCGGGCAAGAACCGAGCCGGGCUGGAGCUGCCCCUGGGCCGGCCCCCGAGCUCCCCCGCAGACAAGGACGGCUCGAAGCUGGGCAGGACCCGCGGGGACGCAGCGCUCCAGUCACUGUGCCUCACGACGCCCACUGAGGAGGCCGUGUACUGCUUUUACGGCAAUGACUCCGAUGAGGAGCCCCCGGCGGCCGCACCAACGCCCACCCACCGGCGCACGUCGGCCAUUCCCCGCGCGCUCACGCGGGAGCGCCCUCACGGCCGGAAGGAGGCCCAUGCCCCGUCCAAGGCAGCACCGUCCGCCCUGCCGCCCGCCCGGGCCCAGCCCAGCCUCAUCGCAGACGAGACCCCGCCCUGCUACUCUCUGAGCUCCUCGGCCAGCUCCCUCAGUGAGCCCGAGCCCCUGGAGACACCGGCACCGCUGGCUGGCCGUCCACGAGCCCGGGAGCCUUCAAUCACCAAGGACCCAGGCCCGGGAGGCCGCCUUGACAGCUCGCCCAGCCCUCGGGCCGCGGAGGAGCUGCUGCAGCGCUGCAUCAGCUCGGCCCUGCCCAGACGCCGGCCCCCCGUGUCCGGCCUGCGGCGCCGCAAGCCCCGCACCACGCGGCUGGAUGAACGGCCCGCAGAGGGAUCCCGGGAGCGUGGCGAGGAGGCAGCGGGCUCGGACCGGGCCUCAGACCUGGACAGCGUGGAGUGGCGAGCCAUCCAGGAGGGCGCCAACUCCAUCGUCACGUGGCUGCACCAGGCGGCGGCUGCCACUCGCGAGGCCUCGUCUGAGUCUGACUCCAUCCUGUCCUUCGUAUCUGGGCUGUCGGUGGGCUCCACCCUGCAGGCCCCCAAGCACAGGAAGGGACGACAGGCAGGGGGCGAAACCGGCAAUACCCGGCGGCCAGAGAAGCGGGGCACAGCCUCAGCGAAGCCCAGCGGAAGCUCCCGUUCCACUGCGGGCCCCGAGAAGCCACGUGGCACACAGAAGACCACGCCCGGGGUGCCCGCUGUGCUCCGGGGACGAACAGUCAUCUACGUGCCCAGCCCAGCACCCCGGGCCCAGCACAAAGGGACCCCCGGCCCCCGCACCACACCGCGGAAGGUGGCGCCCCCUUGCCUGCCACAGGCCGCGGCUCCAGGCAAAGUCCCCAGCCCCGGACAGCAGCGGUCAAGGAGCCUACACCGGCCUGGCAAGACCUCGGAGCUGGCGACGCUCAGCCAACCCCCCAGGAGUGCCACACCACCCGCCCGCCUCGCCAAGACCCCCUCCUCCAGCUCUUCUCAGACCUCGCCCGCCUCCCAGCCCCUGCCCAGAAAGCGCCCCCAAGUCACCCAGCCUGCCGGGCCCAUGCCCGGCCCCGGGGCCUCCCCGAUGCCCAAGACGCCGGCGCGCACCCUCUUGGCGAAGCAGCACAAGACACAGAGGUCGCCUGUGCGGAUCCCCUUCAUGCAGAGGCCAGCCCGGCGGGGGCCGCCAGCGCUGGCUCGGGCAGUCCCGGAGCCGGGCCCCAGGGGCCGGGCGGGGGCCGAGGCGGGCCCAGGGACGCGCGGGGGCCGCUUAGGCCUCGUGCGCGUGGCCUCGGCCCUCUCCAGCGGCAGCGAGUCCUCCGACCGCUCAGGCUUCCGGCGACAACUCACCUUCAUCAAGGAGUCGCCCGGCUUGCGGCGCCGCCGCUCGGAGCUGUCCUCGGCUGAGUCCGCGGCCUCUGCCCCGCAGGGCGCCUCGCCCCGCCGCGGCCGACCCGCGCUGCCCGCCGUCUUCCUCUGCUCCUCACGCUGCGAAGAGCUCCGAACGGCGCCCCGGCAGGCUGCGGCCCCGCAGCGGCCCCCAGCGACCCGAUCCGGCCCCGGCGAGCGCCCGGCCCGGCGCACCAGCUCCGAGAGCCCGUCCCGCCUGCCCGUGCGCGCGCCCGCCGCCCGGCCCGAGACGGUCAAGCGCUACGCGUCGCUGCCGCACAUCAGCGUGGCCCGCAGGCCCGACAGCGCCGCCCCCGCAGCCCCCGCCGACGCCGACGCGCCGCGCCGCAGCAGCGACGGGGAGCCCCGGCCGCUCCCCAGAGUGGCCGCGCCAGGCACGACGUGGCGGCGCAUCCGAGACGAGGACGUGCCCCACAUCCUUCGCAGCACGCUGCCGGCCACAGCCCUGCCACUGCGAAGCUCCACGCCCGAGGACGCCCCGGCUGCGCCCCCGCCGCGCAAGACCAGCGACGCCGUCGUCCAGACAGAGGAGGUCACCGCCCCCAAGACCAACUCCAGCACGUCCCCGAGCCUGGAGAGCAGGGAGCCCCCUGGAGUCCCCGCCGGCGCCCCGCUCUCCCUCCUCGGCAGCGACGUGGACGGGCCCGGCGUCACCAAGGCUCCCAUCUCUGCACCCUUCGUGCACGAGGGCCUGGGGGUCGCCGUAGGGGGCUUCCCCGCCAGUCGGCACGGCUCCCCCAGCCGCUCGGCCCGAGUACCCCCCUUCAAUUAUGUGCCCAGCCCCAUGGUGGCUACAGCCACCACCGAUUCAGCCGCGGAGAAAGCCCCGGCCACCGCCUCGGCCAGCCUCCUGGAAUAGAGGCCUAGGCUGGCCUUCUGGAACGUUCUCUCCCGGCCCUGCGGCCGGGUCUGGCUGCCCCACGGGCCUGCGCUGUAGAUGCCCCCAUAGGUCGCCCCAGGGCCUCUGCCCAGCCGAGCCCCACCACCCACUGAGCCCCCGCCCAGCCCAAGGGGGCUUCGCGCCUCACCGGAAGACCUUGCCUCUGUGCCGUGGGGUCGAAGUCCCGGCCGUGAGGCGCUGGCAAGGGCGCCGUGGCCCACCUUUGAGCGCGCGGCCCUUCCCCUGUCGGGAGCCGUUGCCUGACCCCGGGCGAGGGAGGGGCAGCCUCCGGGUCCGGGUCCG